UGUCGGCUUCGAUGAGGACGAUCUGUGAGAGCUUCGGAUAUUAUCGGUAUAAACACAGAACCGGAGGAUUCGGUUUAAUCGGGAUGGAUCGCGGUGGGAGUGUACCGGGGUAAAAUGAGAGUGUACCGGUGUGUACACGGUGAGAUUAAGCGGUUUAAAGGGCGCGGUGAGAGAAGAAAGCGGCUGAUGUGUUGGCUCGGACCCUGAUGGAGACGGACGCACCGCGCAGGACCAGCUUUAUCCUCUCCUGCACCGGGGAUGUGAAUGAAAACCUGGAGGAUCCGGAUAAACCUCACCCACUCCACCCAGUGGGCACCACGGACACACCGGGGCACUGCCAGGCUGCUCACAUCACCCACAAGUGCAAGGCAGGGAUGCCUGAUCCAGGUCCAAGAUGCCCCACAGCUGAGGAGACCCUGGAGAACGGGUUACCAGAAUCCUUCAGCACAGACCUCAGUCUGGAUCCAGAGGGCACAAAACCAGCGGGCACUGGUGAAACUGGUGCCAACUUGAGUGCAAAUGGAUGCAAUAAUACACUUAAUGGUGAAACAGUGGGCAUGGAUGGGUUCAGUGCCAACCUGACUGCAUCCACAUGCACCGUGAGAGCUGAUGCCAACCCAGUCACAUGUGUGGCAGCGGGCACUGGUAUAGCUGGUACCAUCCCGACUGUAAAUGGAUGCAUACAUACACUACAUGAUCAUACAGUGGGUAUCAGGGAGGGUAGUACCAACCUGACUUUGGAUGGGAGAACCAAUGCCAACCUUGCCACAUCUGCCCACAAAAGCACACGGGAUAGAAAUGAAGCAUGUACGAGAGAGACCAGUGCCAACCUGAAUACAUCUACGGGCAUCAUGAGAAACAAUGCCAGCCUAUAUGUUUCUGGAGAAACAAUGGGCAUUGGUAAAGCCGGUGCCAACCUGACUGCAUCUGAAAGCGUAAACACUCAGAACCGAGAAGCAGAGGGAAGUGGAGGAGACACAUCUGGAACCGUUGGCAUACCAGACGGAAAAUCAACAGAUACCUGUGCCAGUCUGUUGGCAUCUGGAGACACUCAGUUAAUAAACAAACCACACGGAGAAGUGAAGCGUAUUCGUGAAACCAGUGCCAACCCGGGUGGAGGUGAAGUACUUAUUGCUGGGUUUGAUGCCAACCUGAAUGCAUUUGAUGGUGAAGCAACGUAUGCCAGUCUAAACUCUGCUGAAAAGGCAACGUUUGGGGAAAGCAGUGCCAGCCUGACAGCAUCUACAAGCAUUGUUGGGGCUAAUGAUGCCAACCUAAGCACAUAUGCACACCUGGACUCAUCAGAUGGUACUAAAGUGAGCAUUGCCAACCUGGUUGCUGUUGGAGGAACGCUGGGUAUCGAGGAGACCAAUGCCAGUCUAAACGCAGAUGAGAAACUUUCUAUUGAUGGAAUCCAUGCCAGCCUAGCUACAUCCGAAAAGAUAAACCAAGAGCCGGCUUUCGGGAAUCAUGCCAACUCCUCUAUAACUGAAGAAGCAGGUGGCACCAGUGCUAGCCAAGUUGAAGCUUGGCACAUUAACACCGUAGCACCUGUGGACAGAGUGGAUCAGGUUGCAGGGAUUUUCCAGCCUGGAAAAGACCCACCGAUGCCCGUGUCUGCCAGUCAGGAGCUUCAGAGCUUCUCAGAAAUGAGAAUACCCAACGGAGAUGUGAACUGUGGCACCGUGAGUGACUGGGCAUUCGGCACUGCCGGGCACGUGGACCAAAGCGAUUUCCUAGAACAUGCCACACGUGUGGGAAACUGUGGGUUCUUGAUUAUAAACAGAAGGUCGUUAUGUGACGACUCGACUAAUCUAGGUGCCAACCAGAAGCAGCGGGCACCCAGUGGAGGUUGUGUCUCAUUACUUAACUCCCGGGGGACUGAAGCGUCACCACCCAGUGAAGCUGGCAUGGUGAGACCACAGGCUCUCAGGACUAACCCUGGGCACACUGUCUCGCUGAGCUGUGAUGCCACCCCACUGGACGAAGAUAACCCCGGGUAUUUUAUGGGCGAUGAAGACGUGGGUGGCACGGGGAACACUCUGAGCCGCAGGCACAGCGUCCCCGAUGAGCUUUUGGAGAAAGAGGGUGUGGAUCCAGACGUCUCGUCUGAGCAGAGAGGGAGCAAGAAGCAUGGCAUCGCCAACUUUCUGAGUGGGAACCUGUUCUCCUGGAGGUCCAAAGAGACGAAGGUGAGUCUGAACACUUCGGGGUGGAGCUUGUUUGGGAAGUUUUCUCCGAAGGGAAACGUCACCAAGGACUCUGGAACCCACCAACAGGAGAGCGAGAGAGGACCGCCGGCGGUGAGGCGCUGUAACCUGGAGUUCGAACCCCUGUCCACCACCGGUCUCAUUCUGGAGGACAGACCCUCGAACCUUCCAGCUAAAUCUGAUGAAGAAGCUCAGAGACACAGACAGGAGUACAACCAGAUGAUGGCCGGAGCCAAGAGGCGAGAGCUGAAGGAGGCUCAGCGUAAGAAGAAGCAGAUGAAGGAGCGUCUCAGGCAGGAGGAGAACAUCGCUCGAGCUCUCCUCAUCUGGAACACUGAGGUCCUCCCCAACUGGGAGAGCAUGAGGAACACUAGGCGUGUCCGUGAGCUGUGGUGGCAGGGUCUCCCCCCAAGCAUCCGCGGCAAAAUCUGGAGCCUCGCCAUCGGCAACGAGCUCAACAUCACCCCCGAGCUGUAUGGAAUCUUCCUGUCUCGAGCUAAAGAGAAGUGGAGGAGCUUUAAUAAGACCAGCUCACUCAGCGAGAAUGAGGACUGUGGUGCUGAUAAGGAGUCGAGUUUGGACCUGAUCAAGCUGGACAUCUUCAGGACCUUCCCCUCACUCUACAUCUUCCAGAAGGGUGGACCGUAUCACGAUUUGCUGCACAGUGUGUUGGGGGCGUACACCUGCUACAGGCCGGACGUCGGAUACGUACAGGGCAUGUCCUUCAUCGCUGCCGUCCUCAUUCUCAACCUGGAGGAGGCCGACGCCUUCAUCGCCUUCGCCAACCUCCUCAAUAAACCCUGUCAGAUGGCGUUCUUCAGGGUCGACCACGACGUGAUGCUGAAGUAUUUUGCUGCGUUUGAAGUUUUCUUCGAGGAGAACCUGCCCCGACUCUUCCAGCACUUUCAGAACCACAGUCUCACCCCGGACUUUUACCUCAUAGACUGGAUCUUCACGCUGUACAGUAAGCCGUUACCGCUGGACGUGGCGUGUCGGGUGUGGGAUCUGUUCUGUCGGGACGGGGAGGAGGCGCUGUUCCGCACCGCGCUGGGAAUCCUGCGUCUGUACCAGGACGUCCUGCUGCACAUGGACUUCAUCCACAUCGCCCAGUUCCUGUCCCGCCUCCCACAGGACACGCCCACUCACUCCCUCUUCACCUGCAUCGGCAACACGCACAUGCUCAGUAACAACCGCCGCUGGAACCAGGUUUUCUCCGUUCUGAUGAAGGACGGAACUAAAGACGGCGAGAAAGCCGCGAGUCCUGCGCUGUGAGGCUAACGGCUAACGGAGCACGGCGGGUCUGACCACUACAGCGUUUAUAAAGGAAUGAAAUGAAACACAGCCGACAGUCAACCGACAAACUGAGGGCCUGAAAGAAGUGACUUGAUUACGGUUGCCAGAUCACACAAGAUUCAGUCUGCAGUCUGAUUUAGGGUCCAUACUACGUACUCCAGGCAGCUCAUGUUGUGGAAGCAGAAUCUGGCAACCCUGAGACUCCUAUAUACAGGUCGCUCGAUCCGUAUAUAAUCGAUUCGAUUCUCAUUUUUACCCGACGUGACACGCCCUGGCAUGGACCUCCAGGCUGGUGUGUCACGCCCGUGAUGUUUAGAUCCUCACCAUCAUGGCUUCACAGGUCAGAAUACCAGCAGAUGAUGUUCCUCUGAAGCCUGCGGUGAUAUUAACCCGCCCGGAACUCAUUAUCCACGAGAACUCUCGACCACGGUAGCUGGACGUAGCCUGAUGAUAAAUGCAAUACAAACUGAUCUAUGGUGCUGGAGGCUGGUCCAGGCUGGUGGAGAUGGAUUCCACUCUCUUUCACUCAUCAUUAAUUCAUCUGGAUAAAACGAUGGAGAUUAAAGAUCCGCAUCAUGAAGCGCCUGAUUUCUACUCUCACCUGAUCCUUAUACACUAAUAUUUUAUAUCUAAUUUCAUCUUGUUUUAAGUUCUAACCUCUGAAUAACCGACUGUACAAAUUUUGAUAUUUCAUCCGUGUUUUGAUGUUGUAAAUAAACAGUUAAAUGAUGUUUCUGUAGAUUAGGAAUU